AUGGCGCCGCGGAGGCCGCGGGAGAAGACGACCCAGCGGCCGGAGAUCCGCGGCCUGAGGAGACACUGGCCGGGUGGCGCCGCACCCGCCUCAGGGCGCGGCAGCGAGGGGAGCGCUCGGGCUCCCUCUUCUGGGCAGCGGUUAGCGGGGUGCCGGCCCGUGAGAGAGCAGCGGGCGGCGGCGCCCCUGCGGGUGAGAGCCUCCCUGGCGCCGGGGCUCAACGGAGACGCGGAGCGGCCCGGGGCUCUGAGCGGAGAGUUGCGCGCGCUCGGCCAGGGCGAUGGGGCCAAGAGGAGACCGGGCCGCGGCGGCGGCGGCAGCGAGGACGCGGCGACAGUGACAGCGGAGAACUCCCUCAGCCCCGUCCCCUCCGCGAGCCCCGCGCGCUCCUCCGCGAGCCCCGUCCGCUCCUCCGCUGGAGCCAUCCGGGACCCCCCACGCCCAUCCCCGCGGCAGCCGCCCCGGCGGCGGGGGGCCGAGCAGGCCCAGAAGCCCCGCCAGUUGCCGCAGCGGCGGCGCUCGUGGUGGCCAUGGCCGUGGCGGCGGCGGCGGCGGCCGGUCUCCCCGGGGCCCGCUCGGGCUCCUGCCGCGGGGGUGAAGCCCGCGGCCAAGACCAAGGCGAAGGCCAAGGCCCCUGCUGCUCUCUGGGCGCGGCGGCCGGCGCGAGAGAUCCGGAACCUCGUGGCCAACACGCUGCUGCUGAAGGCGCGCGAAGAAGGAUAUGGCAAAAGAGGUCGUAGUAAGAAAUGGAGGAAGAUGCUAAAGCUACCACCCGUCAGCCAGUGCUGUGAGCUUAGACAUUCCAUCGCUGCUGCUGUUUGUCCAGACGUCUGGAGAUCUGAGGUUGUUCAUUCGCGUCCGCACCCAGGACCACGUUUGUUAGUGCAGUGGCCGCGUGGCUUUCCCCCGCGCCUGCUCUGCCCGUUUCCCCGGGCGCCCUCGUCUGGAGUGGGGUGCUGCCCCUGCCUCGCUCGCCCCCCUCCCAGAGUUCCACCUGGCAGGUACCCACUUUCUUUAAAGAGCAGUACUGGGCUUCGGCCGGAAAGAAAAGCCUGUUGGGCAGCCACGUCCUCAGGGUUGGGGAGGGUCUGCCCCCGGGGGGUUGAGCUGAUGGUUCCUUCGACAGCCCAGCCCCAUCACCUGUGCAAGGGAGCUCCAGCGUCUGACUCCUGAGGAGCCUUCACUCCUUGUCCAUGUUAGGGUCUCAUUCGUCGUCGUUUCGGUUUUGCUUUAAUGUGCCGUCAUUUCGGUAAGAAUGGGAGGAGAGAAGUUGGGCAGUUCCGUGUGCUCGAGGUGCCAUCCUCAGCGGGAACUGGGGAGGUUUCUGAACCUUUGAUUUAAUGAAGAAAGUGUUUAAAAUUCUCAAUUUUUAAAAAAGAACUUUUUGACUGGCUUGUGUCACUUGUUUAAUAAAUAUAGUUGAUGAGUGUUCCUAAAAUGAAAUGCAGUAGCGAAGUUGGACAAAGUGGGUUGUAGAAUUUUUGCAAAACCAUUGCUGAUGUUUGUUUAAACAAGGAAUUGUGUACUGGCCACCCAAUAUGUUUAUAUCCUUGCCUGUACUUUUCCAUGUGUAAACUCAGUGAUCCUGAACAGUCCUGUUUACUUUCCUAGAAUUACUAUGUUGUUAAUAAACCUUUAAUUGAAGAAUUUGUUAUGGCUUGCUUCCUUUUCAUGGAUAUUAUUUUCAUUCUGUUUUACAUUAAUUUUAGAGGAGCCUGAAAAGUUAUGUUCAUUCAAAUUUAGUGUUCAGCAAAGAGAGCAACUGAUCUUCUUGCUGAAGUUUAAAUUAACCUAUUUGUGGCAUAAGAAAUCUUUGUUUUAUAUCCAUCUUGACACAUUGACCAAAAUAUUAGUGCCUCAUUCUCAGAACAAGAAUAGUGUUUGGGGUAAGGUGUAUGAUAACAUAUUAUCCUCCUGAACAAACAUAAAACAAGAGCAGUUAAAAAAAUCAUUGAGCAAAUACAAUAUUUAAAACUUCUGAAGUAUAGAAAACUAGCAAAAUGGGAAAGGGUUUUAAAAAUGUAAUUGAAUAUAUCCCUGCAGACUGUUUCAUACACAUGCAGUCUGUGCUAAACAUGCAGGGAGGGUGGUGCAGUUGAAUCAGAGGAU